UACUAUAAAUAGAAAUAUUUCGAGUAGGUAUUUAAACAUGUGAUAUUUUGUAAAAAUCGAAAGAGGAAGUUUGGACUUGAAGAUUGUCCCAUUUAAUAAUUUCCUUGUCGUUCUGUCAUCGCACAAUUGUAUUGCAUUAUCAGUUUAAGCACCGUGCAUACAUCUGCUUUCCAACUUCAGUCUCAAAGAUGGAAUACAUAAUUUUGAUACUUAUGGUAUGUGUUGCUAUGGCGACUGCAUCCGGGCAUUUCAAAUAUUAUAAAAUGGAAAAGACAGAAAAGGUAGAGGUUCGAGAAUUUGAAAUGGACAGUAAUCCGUUCUCAUUACUUGGGAAGAGGAAGUCCCUCCAACAAAGAGGAAAUCUAACAAACUGUGGUGAUAAAAAGAACAAAUUUUCUAUCCAGUGGGAGCCAAAAAUUUUAAAUACACAAGGUGUCGCCACUGUGUAUUGGGAUCUUGUAGCUCCAUGUGAUAUGGACAGCGGAAAUGCACAUAUUGAUGUGUAUCUCCCUGAAAUUCCAGACAGCCCAAUAUUUUCCCUGGACCAAAAAGGUACAUGCGGGGAUAUAAAAAAGACAGUACCGAAUUUAACAUGUCCCAUAAAGAAGGAUGCUGAGAUAAAGGGUCAGUUGACUGCCAGUGAUUUGACAAGAUUGCCAACCGGAAAUUACACGAUAGAGGUGAAGAUAACGAACGACAAAAACGUAUUGUUUGCUUGUGGACGAGCCAGUGUGGAACUUACCCCUUGAAGAGCUGACAAGUCAAUCGGAGACAACACAAAUAAACAAUUAUAUUUCCUCAAUUUUUUAUAUACUAUUUUGUUAAUAAUUUUCAUCAUAGAUUUUUUUCUGAAGCAUUUAUUCAUCAAUAAUUUAUUUCGUCAAAUGAGCAUUAGAACCCAAAAACUCUAAACAUAGAUCUGACUUCCUAAUUUGUUAUUAAAAUGCUUUUAAAUGUUGUCUUUAUGAAUUGUUACCUUCAUCUCUUACAUUUCAAAAGCUCGCGUGAAUAUGAAGGUUGUACAUUGCAAUUGUAUAUUAGAAAUUAUUAAUUCCUGUUUCAUAAAUGGCAUUGUUCCAUACAACACAUACUUAUUAUAUCAAUAGACUAGACUAAGCACAUAUACAAAAUGAUAAUCGAUUGGGUCCUUAGCAACUUAGAUUUAAAAACAUAAUUUUGUUCACUUUUCAAUAUAGGACUAAGUAGAUGCGAUAUGAUUGCAUAUACGGCAGCCAUCCACAAAAAAACUAAAUGAUGAGGAUAUGUGUAUAUAUAUUAUUGAUUUCUAUUUUUUAAGAUCAUUUCAUUUUUGUAAAAUAAAUCUUGAAAUCA